ACGUCUUUUCCCGAUCACGCUCGCACUUCCUCAAGCACAAAGACUGUGAUUGCUGUGUGGUUUGCUUGUUCUGGAAAUUCACAAUGCCGUACGCUAAUCAACCUUCUGUACAUAUCACCGAGCUAACAGACGAGAAUGUAAAGUUCUUCGUGGAAGAUACCGAUUUAAGUGUGGCAAACAGCCUUAGGCGAGUCUUUAUUGCUGAAGUGCCGACGCUGGCCAUCGACUGGGUCCAGUUAGAAGCAAACUCAACAGUCCUUCACGACGAAUUCAUUGCUCAUCGUCUCGGGCUCAUCCCCCUCACAAGUGACGAGAUCGUGGAUAAAAUGCAAUACUCGAGGGAUUGUACAUGUGCCGACUUCUGCCCAGACUGUUCCGUCGAGUUCACGCUCGAUGUGAAAUGUUUGGAUGACCAGACGAGGCACGUCACCACAGCAGAUUUGAAAACAAGUGACCAGCGAGUGGUGCCGGUAACCUCACGACAUAAGGACGACACGAAUGAGUACGGAGAAACAGAAGACAUUCUCAUCGUAAAACUCAGGAAGGGUCAAGAAGUCAAAGCAAGAGCGUAUGCGAAGAAGGGCUUUGGUAAGGAACAUGCGAAGUGGAACCCAACUUGUGGUGUUGCUUUUGAAUACGAUCCUGACAACGCAUUUCGGCACACAACUUACCCAAGACCAGAAGAAUGGCCCAAGAGUGAAUACUCUAAAAUUGAGGAUGACAAGGUGGAAGCAGACUUCAUAGCAGAUGGGAAACCCAAUAAAUUCUACUUCAAUGUGGAGUCAUCUGGAGCCCUGAAACCAGAAACCAUCGUCCUCAGUGGGCUCAAUAUAUUGAAAAAUAAGCUCGGUGAUGUCCAAACACAGUUAACUCAUGAGCUGCAGAGUGACUCUCUUACGAUAAACUGAGAAAGAAGAGCAUUGCAAGAAUGAUUGAAGUCUGCAACGUUUUGUUUAACGUAGUUCUGAGGCUUUCCCGUUGCACUACGAUACUGUGCUACAAUAAUGCAGAAAGAAGGAAAGGGAAAUAUGUUUGUUAUGAUGAUGGUGUGUGCAUGCGACCUGACUGCAGAUUGCAUGUUGGCAAAUAAAACGACAAACCUGCUGCAUGGAAAUCGUCAUAGUCACCUACUCUGAAAUGUGAAUGAAAGUUUUCCCCUUUUGAAGCACAAACUGCUACCAGAGCCUUUUCCAAAGCAAGCUUCCACAUGAAGCGCCCUGCAACCAGAAGCUCUGCAAGCUAACAAAAAAGCUAAUCCGCACUGCACUUCUGAACUCAAAAGCUGACUCUCGCCUUAUUUUCCAACCUAGCUCGCGGGACAUCAUCUGGCGAAGGCUCCUUUAUACUGUGCUGUGACCUGUGGAGAGUAGUGUAUAUUUAAACGUGUUUUGAAAUUUCAUUACUCUAGCAGUGGUACUGCAUGCCAGUUUUGUUGCCUAUUCAUUAAUUUUUAAGCGCAAGUACCAAAAGGGCAGGACACUUCACAGCAUAGGUAGUGAGGCACUACCUGUGUUGUGCCAUCAAAACAUGCACUCAAAAUUCAGCUUCGUAGCAUUGUUGUAUGAAUUGCCACGAGGCAGUGACAAGGAAAUGCCACUUCCUAUAAUACAGCAACAGUGGACUCCGCUAUCCUGGGUUAGUUUUGCUAGAUUGUUUUACCAUUUCAGCCUUUGUUUUUACAAAAUCUAUGGAAUACCAAGAUGUAACGCAUUAUACUCCCCAUCUAUGACGGUGACAUUAAAGAGCCACUGUUCUUUCA